GGCCGCGGGCCGGGCAUGGAGCGCUGGGCCGGGGCCGCCGGCGGCUGGGGCUCGCUGUGGGGAGCGGGCUGGGGCCGAUGGCCGUGCUGGGAGCUCCUGGCCGCCUGCGCCGUCAUCGGCGCCGUGGGCUGGCUGCUGCGGCUGCGGGACAGGAGGCCGGGCGGCGGCCGAGCGGCGGCCAUCGCUCCUUGCCCGGCUCCCGCCGCCUCCCCCGCUCCCACCGCCGCCGCGGGGAGCCGGCGCUGCAGCGGGACCCGCCCAGGUGAACUAACAAUGGAUACAAUACUGUCCCGACUGAAGAAGCUUGGCCCGGAUGAGCUUAGAGAAGAGAUUGUGAGAGCAGGACUGAAAUGUGGCCCCAUUACUGCAACUACCAGGUUUAUUUUUGAAAAGAAAUUGGCUCAGGCAUUGUUGGAGCAGCAGGGAGCACUGGAGGAACCAGGAUCUGCUCUGCCAGAGGAGGCUGCUGGAAAUGUCCCGGCAGCAAAUCACAACGGCCAUGGGAGUGCUGCUGAGGAGCCAGACUUUGGGUACUGUGUGGGUCUGAACCCUCCAGAAGAAGAUGCUGUGACACACAUGAACUGUUCAGCUGCAGCCUGUGGAGCAGGAAGUGUUGAUUCACAAACCACAGCUCAGACACCAUCCAGAGAUCCUCCACUGUUCUACGGUGUCUGUCCAGUUUAUGAUGACAUAUUGGCCAGGAAUGAGAGAGUACAUGUUUAUGAAGAUAAAAAGGAAGCUCUCCAAGCUGUUAAGAUGAUUAAGGGGUCUCGUUUUAAGGCUUUUACAAACAGAGAAGAUGCUGAGAAAUUUGCUAAAGGAAUCUGUGAUUAUUUCCCAUCUCCAAGCAAGUCCUCCUUAUGUUUGUCACCAGUGAAAAUGGGAUCCUUUAACAGAGAUGGCUUGUGCUCCCCUGAAACCGAAACUGCUAAUAAAGAGAGAGCCAACAGCUAUAAAAGUCCACGGACUCAAGAUCUCACGGCUAAACUUCGGAAAGCUGUCGAGAAGGGAGACACAGCAACGUUUUCAGAACUUAUUUGGAGUAACCCUCGCUAUCUGAUCGGGUCAGGAGACAAUCCAACGGUUGUACAGGAAGGGUGUAGGUACAAUGUCAUGCAUGUUGCUGCCAAGGAGAAUCAACCUGGGAUCUGCCAGUUGCUGCUGGACACUUUGGAAAAUCCUGAGUUUAUGAGGCUGAUGUACCCCGAUGAUAACGAUGCCAUGCUGAAGAAUCGCAUCCAAUAUAUCGUUGACCUUUACCUUAACACACCAGAUAAAAUGGGAUUUGAUACUCCACUGCAUUUUGCCUGCAAGUUUGGGAAUUUGGAUGUUGUUAACGUGCUUACCUCACACCCAGCUAUUGUGAAAAAUCCAAGAAACAAAUAUGAUCAAACUCCAGCAGAAGUAGUUUGUGAAAGAAGCAAGAAUAAAUCUGCAGAAUUGAAAGAAAAGCUAAGAGAGUACUUGAAAGGCCGAUACUAUGUGCCACUCUUGAGAGCAGAAGACAAUUCCUCAGCUCCUGUCAUUGGAGCUCCCUGGUCACCAGAUCAGACGGAUGAUGGUCCCCAGAGGACUUUAUUUAAAUACCCUGGCAGCCCUAAAGAUCCAGUAUUGUCCAUAAGAGCUUUUGCAGGCCCCAUGAGCCCCUCAAAGGCUGAAGAAUUUCGCAGGCUUUGGAAAACUCCACCUCGAGAGAGAGCUGGCUUCUUUCACAAUGUCAGGAAAUCUGAUCUGGAGAGAGGUGUUGAAAGAGUUGGAAGGGAGUUAGCUCAUGAACUGGGGUUCCCGUGGGUUGAAUACUGGGAAUUUCUGGGCUGUUUUGUUGAUCUGUCUUCCCAGGAGGGGCUGCGAAAAUUAGAAGAGUACCUGAGUCAUCGUGAAAUGAGCACAAAGGCUCAGCAGGAGACAGGGGAAAAUGAAACCUGCAACAGAUAUAAAACACCCCAGCCCUCGGGGAAGAGCAAAAAGUCCUGCAAUUCCAUUUCCGUGGGUGCAUUUUUGGACGAGGAUGAGGAUGACAUGAGCUUAGAGGAAAUCAAAAACAGGCAGAACGCGGCGCGGAACGUCAGCCCCGCGGCGUCGUCCCGGGAGCCCGUGGGCGACAUCGCCGAGCGCGACAUCCUGGCCGUGGGGCGCGCAGCAAACAUCCUCCCCACGGCCCCACACCAGGGGAAGGGGGCUGCCCCCAGCAAAAAUGGGUUCUGCAGCCCCGUGUCCAGUGAGAGGAUCAUCAGUGACAGGAAGCAGCUGCACGAUGGGGAGGAACGUCUCGUGUCGCCCGUCUCCAAUUUGAUGUCGGAGUUGGAAAGCCUGUCCUUCCAGGAACAGGAGCUUGCAGGAGGAUCCCAUCAAAUCACUGAAAAAACUGAGAACGAGGGGAUUCUGGACAAGGCCUGCUGUGCAGUGUCACUGGCAAGUUCUUCUGAGCCAAGUGUUACAGGAAAAUCUGGAGAGGCCAAGUUAAGGACAGAACACAAAAUGCCAUUAGAAAAGGAGAGGCUGUCUCGGCAAUCUGGGAUUCUGACUAAGGAGGCACAACAGCGUCAAGAACUUUCUUCCCAGAAGUUUCUCUUGAAGGCUUUACCCACAAAUGACAAUUCUAAGUUAUUCCUGCUUGGGGAGCAGCCCUCGAAGGUGGAUGGGGAUGUCCUGGCAGCUCUGGAAGGAGCAGAGAUCGAUGCUCAGAAAUACCCAAUGAUUUCCAGGUGGAAGCUCGCAGUGCAGUCCUACUCCUCAUCUGACAGGCAAAGUUGGCCCAGUCCAGCUCUGAAGGCAAAAUUCCGGUCCCAAACCACCGCUGCUGGCCUUCCAAAUGCUUCAGUGUAUCCCAGUUCAGGAAGAAACAGUCCCAUACCUGGAAGUCCAGGAAAACACGGCAGUGCCACCUCGUUCCCUGCAGAGCCGGGCAGCCCCGGGCGCUACAGCCCGGCCUCUGUGCACCAGGCCCUGCUCAAACUGCGCUACCCCGCAGAGCCCCCUGCCCACUAAACACCAGGCAUGGCCCAGACUGCACCUUGUUCUCACUGAUUGAUUGGGGGGAAACUACAAUGUUACUGAAGUGACAGGAGGUUUGUACUUGGCUAUUUAUUUUUCCUCAGUUGAGGACAACUGUAUGUUUAAAAAAAUGGAAUAUAUGUCUUAAUGCCAUAUACAAGAUAUAUACUGGUGACAUGCAAGAAGUUCGUGACAGUGCAGUUGUCCAGUAGCUACAAUUUAACCUUUGUUGCCACUAACACGGUGAGCUGAGCCCUCCCUUAGCAAUGGUGGGAUUUGCUAGCACUAGUUAUUGUUAUUGUAAUGAACACAUGGUCCUCAACUGCCUUUCUUUACCUUGGACAGGCCAGGAAAAACAUCAUCAGCAAACAGAACCUUAGGAGAGGAAAGAGAUGGCAGGAAGGGAAAUGUUCUCCUGCUUGCAGCAGGAGCUCUGAGAGCGAAAAGGCCAAAACCUGCCUGGGUAAUGCAAGGACAACUUCCCAGUAGGGAACGGGGCUGUGAAACCCUGUGCAGAACCAAAGUGUUUGUAGCAGCAGCCUGGGCUGGGCAGUUCCCCCCACACUCCCCUGUCUGUCCGUGUGUCCGUGCACAGAGAAUGGACUCUUUGCUUGUUACCAACCCCGGGAUCGAACCAGUGCUCUAGAAACUGCUGGGAUUCCUUUCCAGGGUUGUGUAAAGAUUAAGGAAAAAAAAAACAAACAUAAAAAUUAGCUGACUUUCCCCCCCCCCCCACAGAAGCUUUUAACAUUAGCAGAUUUUAAUAGUUAUUGCACAAAAGCACAUGAGCAAUAAUCUCAGCAAAUUUACCAGCAAGAUACCUUAAUGGUCUAGUUUGUAAUAUAUUAGUGUGGUAGCCAGUGGGCCAUGAGGUGGCUCCUUCUUUCCCAACUGCAAAGAGAAAGGAGUGAGGACUAUAAAUAUUUUUCUUGAAGUCUAAGCUUUUACUGUCUCCAGCCUUGACAUGGUAAUGAGUUUCUGUUACAGCAGUCGAUAGUUUUAUUCUUCAGCCUUCUGUAAGAAUGACUUGUUUGGACAGCACAGUGCUGGCAGUGAAGAAAGCUUUUCAAAACUCCAGAGUUUUCCAUAUCAAGCCUAAUGGUUGUAAUGUUGCAUGAAAGGCUUCCAGAAACAGAGCUCUAAGGUAAAAAAAAAAAUUAAUGUGAUGAGAAGGUGAGGCUCUGGCACAGCUGUGCUGGUACGAAGGGCCGGAUCAGGGAGCAUUGGUGCCCCACAGGCUCUGAGGAAGCACCUUGGAGCUGUCAGGGAAGUGCACCAGGUUAAAAACACCAGUGGGAGGCAGGAGGGGUCGGCCCAGCUGCCCCUCGAGGGUCCCCCCAGUCCCGGGGCUGAUUCCAGCCCCUCAGCUGCUCACACGGCAGUGACUGUUCGUACACCAACUGUGCACCCUCCGUAGGACAGACUACAACACUGCACUUAAUGCUUUUGCAAGUUCAGUAGUGCCUUUUGUAAUAUAUUUUUUUAAUUAAAUUUUUGUUCUUUUAGAAGUUGAAAAAAAAAAAGUGGCAUCCACUUACUUACUAUGGGCAGAUAAAACACAGUUUUUCUCUGGGCUUUCUGAACAGGAUGUCUUUUAAUGUCUCUUAAGUCUGAUUAUCUGCUGCGAUAGCUCUCCACUGGGGGAGAGACUCCUCUUCUAGAAAUUCUUAAAAAAAA